AUGAAAUCCUAAUAUGAAAAGCUAUUUCCAAAUUUUAAGCCACCUUUAAAAUUUGAUUCAGAUAUAAUCUUAAAAGCCAAACAAUAUUUAUAAUAAAGAUAAGGGAAAAUUUGUUUUACUCCAAGAAAACUCUGUUAUUAAUCUAAGCAUACAUUAUUAAGUCAAAAACAAACCAUUCACAUACCUUCUAUUAUCUCUGUUUCAUUAUCAAAUUAAUUAUAAUAUCAAACACCUUUAAAAAGCUAUUAAAAAUCAAGAGUAUCUACUGCAAGAUCAACAAAGAAUGUUCCAAAACUUAACAUAUAAAGUUUGAACUCCAAUAAAGCAAAAAUGUUUUUUGAAUAAAAAAUAGAAGUAAGAAGCUAAAAUAAUUCAAAAAAUGAUGUUUCUUUGAUUUCACCUUGGUCAAAUAGAUGA